AAAGGGACUCCGCUUCCUCUCUACGCUUGCGCGGCAAGGAAGGCCUCACUUCCGGCCUUGCGCGCGCGCCGUCUGAGCCUCACUGGUGCAAGACGGCCAGCAUGAAGUUCAACCCCUUCGUGACCUCGGACCGCAGCAAAAACCGCAAACGCCACUUCAAUGCCCCCUCGCACGUGCGCAGGAAGAUCAUGUCUUCCCCGCUCUCCAAGGAGCUGCGGCAGAAGUACAACGUCCGCUCCAUGCCCAUCCGCAAGGACGACGAGGUCCAGGUGGUUCGAGGACACUACAAAGGUCAGCAAAUAGGCAAGGUAGUCCAGGUGUACAGAAAAAAAUAUGUCAUCUACAUCGAGCGAGUGCAACGUGAGAAGGCUAAUGGUACAACUGUUCAUGUGGGCAUUCACCCCAGCAAGGUAGUUAUCACCAGGCUAAAACUGGACAAAGACCGGAAAAAAAUUCUUGAACGCAAAGCCAAGUCUCGACAAGUUGGAAAAGAGAAAGGCAAAUAUAAGGAAGAACUUACCGAGAAAAUGCAGGAGUGAAUAUAACCUGUUACGCAACCACGGUUUAACUGUAGAUUUUUAGUCUGGUGUGUAUUCCUUUGAAACUUUUCAAGAUGUCUGUCAAACGUUUCCUUCCUGUUUUGUUGUUGAUAAUGUAGCUUUGUAAAUCUGGUUUUGCUGUUUUGAUUAAUAAUUUUAUGAAUAAUCGUUGAAAAUGUCUCCUAAUUGCAGAGGGAAUUUGCAUUGUUCUGUAGAUAAAAUCCAUCUUACUGUGA